AUGCAACAGGAAAUGGGAGUACACUGUACCUUACUUGGAAGAUUUGGUACUGAUAAUUUGGAGAAUGAUCCAAAACGUGUCCAAUAUUAUACUUCAUUCAGGGACUACGAGCAUUUUAUGUUGUUUUUCAAUUGUUUAGGCCCAGCUGUAAAUGAGUUAAAUUACCAAUGUCUGUCUUUGACACCAAAAGAUCAACUGUUUAUGUGUUUACUGAAGUUACGUCAAAACAAAGAAGAUAUAGAAUUAAGUUUUUUAUUUGAAGUGUCUGAGUCAACUGUGUCAAAGAUUGUCAUAACUUGGAUUAAUUUCUUGUACUUUCAAUUAAAAGAGAUAAACAUUUGGCCAUCUAGAGAUAUUGUCACUGAUUAUAUGCCGGAUGAUGAUAAGAACAAAUUUGCAACUACCCGGGUGAUUUUAGAUGCUACUGAAACCCCUAUACAGAAGCCAUCACAUGUUGAUGCACAAAGUGUGACAUGGUCUAGCUACAAACAUAAAAACACAAUUAAAACCAUGAUAGGUUGCACACCAAGAGGCACAGUAUCAUAUGUAAGUGAUGAUUAUGGGGGUUCAGCAAGUGACCGUCAGAUCAUUGAAAAGUCUGAAUUGCUUCAGCUUAAUUUGAAUUUAUUUGAACCGAAAGAUAGCAUAAUGGCAGACAGAGGAAUAAUGGUUCAGGAUUUAUUUGCAGCACAAGAUGUGAAAGUGAACACUCCUACUAUGCUUAAAGGAAAAAGUCAGUUGGAACCUGAGAAAGUUGUAAGGGACAGGAAAGUAGCAUCCAAAAGAAUUCACAUAGAGAGAGUUAUUGGAUUAGCCAAAACAUUUAAGAUCUUGAAAAAUGAACUGCCAUCAGGCAAACUUAUACUUACGUCUAGAAUUGUUUUUGUGUGUUUUUCUAUUGCAAAUUUCAGAAAGUGUAUUGUGAAUGAAAAUGCAUAA